AUGAUGCGAGACCGCAUUGUGAUCGGUAUCCUAGACGACACCACCCGUCACAAACUGUUGUCCACCUCCGACCUGACAUUUGAGGCGACAGUCAAGGUGUGUCGUGCAGAAGAGGCAGCCACACAGACCAGCCACCACAUCCCUACCGCCCGCCAAGUCGAUGCUCCCAGGAAGUCGUCUUAUCAGCGCGCGAAGUCAGCUUCACAGCCCCCAGUUGAGGCGAAGCACACUUCUGCUCGUGAUAAGUGCCGUAACUGCGGACGCACAGCGCACACGAAAUCGUCGUGUCCCGCGAUCAACAAAGUGUGCCUCAACUGUAAUGGAAUGGGUCACUUCCGGGCAAUGUGCCGCAGGCCUGCCAAGAAGCCGGACAAGUCGUCCAAGAUCUCACACUUGCGACUCAACCGAGCAUCUCUGUUGGACGACGCAACAGUUUCCGUUGCUACCCAGCUUGCGACCGAGCCAGAGCCCGUUGCUCUUAGUUGGCUCCCGGAUACUGGUAGUGACGUUGAUGCCAUCGGCACUCAACACCUUGACCAGUUAGGCGGAUUUGUCGAGAACCUGCUUGACGACAUCGACGAUAUUCGCAGAUGUCUCCAGUCUCACCCCUGUUGGCAAGAUUUCGGCGACUAA